AUGUUUGUGAUUGCAGCAUUAAUUAUUAAUAGUGUAUAUUUGAUCAAUGCUCAUGAUCCACAGUUUCCGCGGGAAAUGCCUCAGUAUCACGCCGGUGGUGGUUUGCCAUUCUCGCCGGUUCUGAAGGAGUUUCCCCGGAGGGAGAAACAGGAGAUGUUUAACCUCCAGCGGGAGAUGUUUUCACCGGAGAGCCCUCUGAGCUCCACCGGCUCUCAGCGCUGUGUGGUGCCGCAGUUUGAGCGCAUUGAGUGCGGAGAGCCGGACAUCUCUCCGGCCGAGUGUGAAGACAUCAGCUGCUGCUAUGGAGAUCAGGGCUGUUAUUAUGGGAAAGCAGUUACUCUGCAGUGCACAAGGGAUGGGCAGUUUGUAUUGGUGGUUGCUCGAGAUGCCACCAUGCCAGGCAUCAGUUUAGAGUCCAUCCACAUGCUGGAAGACGACCCUGCUCACUGCGCUCCGGUCAGCAGCACUGCCAGCUUCGCCAUCUAUCAGUUUGCUGUGAGCACCUGCGGAACCACGAUGAAGGAAGAAAGAGGAUUUGUUAUUUAUGAGAACAAGAUGUCCUCUGUGUAUGAAGUGGGUCUGGAACCUCGCGGAUCAAUUAUGAGAGACCGUGUUUAUGAGCUGAAGUUCCAGUGCAGGUUUUCAGGGACAGCAGUUGAAGCUGUAGUGAUGGAGAUGAAGACUCUUUCUCCUCCUCCUCCUCCUGCUCCUCAUGUCUCUCAGCAGAAUUCACUCCAAGUGGAGCUCAGACUCGCUAAUGGACAGUGUACUUCUAAAGGAUGCUCUGAUGAGGACAUGUACGCUUCAUACUACUCUGACACGGACUACCCUGUUACUAAAGCACUGAGAGAGCCUGUGUAUGUGGAGGUGCGCAUGCUGAACACUACUGACCCCAGUAUCACUCUGCACCUGGAGCACUGCUGGACCACAUCUGAUCCUGAAGCUCUGACCCCGCCACAGUGGGACCUCCUGGAUAACGGCUGUCCACAUAAUGAUGACCAUCAGCGGACCACCAUGCUUUCUGUGGGCUCUUCAGGGCUGCAGUUUCCAUCUCAUUACAGGCGUUUUAUUGUGAAUGUGUUCCCGGCUGUAGAUCAGUCAUCUCUGCAGGAACGGAUCUUCAUUCACUGCAUUACAUCUGUUUGCCAUCCAUCUGAAACGGAGUCAUGUGAGCCCAUCUGUGACCACACGACAAAAAGAGUUAUUUCAGAAGAGUUAAAGCUUUCUAAGGAGGAGUUUGUUGUUUCGAGUGGAGAGCUCAUGCUGGUAUCCAGUUUACCAGUUUCUGACCAUCUUGUCGUACAUGAGCAAGUAGUUUGGCAGAUGUUGGAUUCUGGAUUGUGGGCAGCAGGAGCUCUCACUGUGUUUGCUCUCUGUGGGUUUACCAUCGCUGUUUUAACACAUCGACUCAGACCUGCACCUCAACCUGUUCCAGUCUGAACAUAAUAAAACCACUCAAUCAUCUGCCUCUUCUGUGUCAUGGUUGAUUUUGAGGAUUUCCAUGUUAAUAAGAACAUAACUAGU